CUCUGACUCACUUGGCCGCACGGAGGCUGACAGAGCUUCGCUGUGUCUGUGGAGAACACAACUCACAUGUUACUAACCGUCGCUUUUAAAUGAAACAACUAAGGGAUUAUUACUGGAAAUAAGAUACAAACGACAUGGAUUCCAAACGCCAAAGUGUGGUGAUGGAGCGACUUGUCAACGAGCUAGGCUCUCUACUGAAGAUGCUGGACCACGAGAAGGUCAGUCCUGCCACUGCUGACAAGAUGGCCUCCAUACGUAACAUCCUGGACUCGCUGCAGCUGUCAGUCAAUGGAUCAGACGUCUACAUGAACAGCUGUCUCUAUGGCAACGGCACCAGCUUUGUAGAGUCUUUGUUUGAGGAUUUUGACUGUGAUUUGCACAUGCUCAGUGCAUCUCCAGUGGAGCAGAAAGAGCACAAAGAGGAAGAAGAGAAGACUCAUCCUAAUAAAUCUUCACCUCAGACGCCGACUGACACGCCCCCUCCUCUGCCAACCACCCCCCUUCCUGAUGACUACUAUGAAGAGGCUGUUCCUCUAGAUCCUGGAUCCACCCCUCAGUACUUUACCACCAAUAUUAACACUUCCAGGAACUCUGUGGAGGAUGCCUACUAUGAAGAUGCAGACAAUAACUACCCCACCACCAGGAUUAAUGGACCUCCCAAAAACUCCUACAAUGACUCUGAUGCUCUGAGCAGCUCCUAUGAGUCUUACGAAGAAGAGGAAGAAGAGGCCAAGGGGCGGGAGCAACCUCAGAGAUGGACUGCUGAGGAGAACCCAGACGGAGCAGUUAGAGACUGCCGCAUAUGUGCCUUCCUGCUGCGAAAGAAACGCUUUGGCCAAUGGGCUGAACAGCUAGUCGUUGUCCGAGACAAUAAACUGCAGUGCUUUAAGAGCAUCAAAGAGAGCACUCCCCACACAGAGCUCCCACUGAAUCUGUGCAACGUCAUCUAUGUCCCAAAGGAAGGCAGAAAAAAGAGACAUGAGCUGCGCUUCUCGUUGCCUGGAGGCGAAGCUCUAGUCCUGGCUGUUCAGAGUAAAGAGCAGGCCCAGCGAUGGCUCAAGGUGGUGCAAGAUGUUGGCAGCCAAAGUAGCAACACCGAAGGACUAGAUGGAUCCACUUCGCCCAUUAUACAGAGGAAGUUGGAGCUUGACAAGGUGCUGCAGUGUGACCGGCAGGCAUCAGACUCAGACAGCGGGCCAACAGCAGAGAGCCAGUCCGCUGCACAGGGACCAGGACGGGACACCACUGACUCACUGAACAGGGGGAAGCGCGGCGCAUUCUCAGAGCUGACGGGGUCGAUGAGCCGAGCAGCAGGGAAGAAAAUCAAUCGGAUCAUAACUUUCUCCAAACGGAAACCUCCUUUACCUGGAGAGCCUCCCUCGUCUUCUGGUCACCAUGACAAUCCACGCUGUGGCUACCUCAGUGUGUGUCUGAGCGGCUCUUGGAAGGAGCGUUGGUGCGUAGUGCGAGAUGGAAGCUUGUACCUGCAGAAGGACCCUGGGGACCAGCGGCCACCAGUCAUUGUGGUGCCACUCAAAGGUGCAGAGGUGGUGCCAGGUGGCCUCGGCCCCAAACAUCCCUUCUCCUUCUGCAUCCUGCAGGCAGGCAACGAACUAGCAUCUUUAGAGACCAACUGCUCAGAGGAUCUGGGCCGCUGGCUGGGUGUGUUGUUUGCAGAGACCGGCAGCGCCACUCUCCCAGAAGAGCUGCACUAUGACUACAUCGACGUGGAUACGCUCACUGACAUACGGCACGCUGCCAGAAAUUCCUUCCUAUGGGCCACUACCACUGCUACUUCCUCCAGCAGUGCCUCAACAGACUCCAGAACAUAUGAUGAGGUCUAUGAAAGUGUUGCGGAGGAGGAUGUUGAGAGCAGAGCUGGACAGGUAAGACGUCAUGCCUCCUUCUCCAGCAGGGACUCUGAAAAAACUGAGCAACAGGCUGCCAUCAAGAGACACGCCUCCAAUGUAAAUCAGUAUGCACGUUAUGGGAAGACGCGUGCAGAGGAGGACGCCAGGCGCUACCUGACACAGAAAGAGGAGCUGGAGAAGCAAAAGGAAGAGCUCAGAAAUGCACUGAUUUCCCUCCGCAGGGAGAAGAAGGAGGUGAAGGAGGAGAUGAAGAGCGUUACAGGUCAUGGUGUGGAACAGCGGUUAGCCAAGCUUGAGACGCUGUGUAAACAGAAAGAGGAGGAGAGGGUGGAGCUGGAGCUCAGGCUGACAGAGGUCAAAGAAAACCUGAAGAAAUCAUUGGCUAGAGGAGCACUGGGUCCGCCCACUGACACCAAGAUCAGCGUCAAGGCACAGGGCAGUAAGGUUGAAAAGGUUUACAAUGAGACUGUGCCGGUCAACUCAGCAUCUGAGCUUCGUAAACGCCCUCUGUCUCUUUACGCCUCCUCCAAGGGGAACGUCAUGCAGAAGGCAAAGGAGUGGGAGUCAAAGAAGGCGACCUAGACUGAACAUAAACAGAUUUACAGAUGGAUUCACAAAGAGAACCUGAGCUGUGACAGGAAGAUGUGUGAAAGAAGAAACAGAUGAAUAGCAAGAUAGCUGGCACUGAGAGGAAGAAGAAGAAGAAGAAGAAGAAGAAGAAGAAGAGGAACAGGAGAAAGGGGGAAGAGGACAGACUGACAUAAUCUUCCCUCAUCUUAUCUGUAAAGAGAAAGAGGAAUAUUUGCAAGUCCAGGCAGCAUGGUGCUGUCUCUCUCAACCUCAGUAAAUAUGACAGACUUGACUGAUGUACCAGUACAGCAUUAAUGUGGAUCAUUAUGAACAUGAAAUAUAUAUGUUUGUGUGGGUUUGCAUGUGUGUUUACAUUUGCACAGGGCUGCAGAAAGUGAAAAUGUGAUUAUUUCAUAGAAAUGCAUAGCAAAGGGAGAGUGUGGUUCAUCAACACUGUGAGUUCAGAGUUACAGGCAAGACUUCCUAUCUACACCCACUGAAUUUAUUUCAUUUCUUACAGGAUACUUGUCAAUGUAAAAUGAAAAACUAAAGUAAAGAAAUUAUUAUUGUUAAGUUAUCUUUCUUAGUGAGAUAAGUAUCACAUCUCUUGUGAGGUGUAUUUAAACCAUUAGGAAAGCAUAUUGAGUAUGACACUGUUCCUAAAACCAAUGAGUAAAUGUUUAUUAUUGCAAUGUGAAACUAUUGGUUUUUAACCAUUAUAUGUGUUUUUUUUUCAUAUUUGCCUUUUGCACUUUAUCUUGUAUUUGUCUUGGAAAUUAGCCUUAGCACCCCACUUAGCAGAAUCAUCUGAGAAUAAAUGCCUGCGUCUGCUUUCCCUGCUCACCACAGAGAUAUGAACAAACACACAUGUUGGAGUAAAAGAUUACUUUAUCAAGAAA